AUGCAUAUCACCAAUCUGAAGCUUAUCCUCCUGGCCUCGCUACUCGGACAGUCCGAUGCUUUGCUCUUCAAGUGGACCAGAAUCUCCAGUAACCAGUGCGCUAUGUUGCCUUUUACUUUUGGAUUCCCUGAUCCGGGAUGUCCUGGUGGUGCGGCACUGCCGGCGCCAGCACCCCCAGCGCCAGACCCAAAAGCAGUCGCUGCGGCCUACUGCAAUGGAAUUGCGCCUGGUGCCAUUGCUGUAUUCAGAGCUGACGGCAGCCACUACGGCUGCUUCAAUAACCCAUGCCAGGAGACCUUCCCUGGCAGCAACGAGAUCAAUGGUGUAUGUAAAUGA